ACGUUUUGUCUGCAUCUGUCCUAUUUUCCGUCCCUGAGAGUUAACCAAUUCUUACUUUUUCUACAUCGUUGCUGGUAAAAUGCCAUAUGGAAUGUAAGGAGAAGCCAUUGGCUCAUCGCUACCAGAUUAUUUUUCACACAGUUCUUACAAUGAGUUUUGAUUUUGUACAUUGCUUGGCCAGGGGACGUAUUCUAGCGAGCGUACUCAAUUGCUUGGAUAAAUAAGCAGUCGCUUUAAUUUCCCUACAUCUGUCGACGAUACCAUGCAUUGACUUGUGACUAGAGUCUACUCGAUAUCAUCAAGCUUUUAAUGCUGAAUUACGUUCUACAUUAAUUUUGUUCUUUGCUGGAUUAUAUUCAACUUGCCACAAUAAUUUGGUUGAGAGUUAGAUUUAUCAGAGCAAUGAUCAGUUCAAUUUUCCUGUUUUUGACAUCACAAAACUUUUGGGAUGACAGAAAUUGAAUUUUGAAAUUUCUCCAUCUAAAAUGUCAGUGCCCAAUCUACUUACUAGUUCAGGUUAGUUUGGUCUACUGCCAAAAUCCAAAGAUAGCACCGUGCUUGAAUGGUAAAGUGACUUAGACAUGGCAUAAGGUGACACCCUUGCUUAUUGAACAUGCAUGUUUAAUCCCUGGCCACUAGCAUUUCAUAUUGUUAUGCUUAAUGUUUAUUUUGGUGUCCUAUGUGAACAUCAGAACAUCUCGAUGCUGUGCAAACUUUUAUUUAGCCUUGUUCAUUGAAUUAUCUUCUUAAGCAUUGUCUUGAAUCUCUUGCAUGGUAUUGUUGUUGAAGAAAUGCUUGUGUGCAUUUGGUGCUCAAACACCCAAUGGUGAAGAUAUAUUUCAUGUGUGGAUCUUCCGUGCAAAAUAAAUCAUGGUUGUAAGGUUGUGGAUAAGUUGCAGUAUGACCGUAAAUCUAAAAGGGAAGGUUGGAGAACAGAGUUACCAAGGGUAGGACUAGGGAUGGAAGUUCUGGAGAAAAUGAGAGAUGAGAAGAGAAAUGAUGUGAUUUGGCAAGGCAGAUGCUCUGGUACAGUCUACAUCGGAGGAAGUGAAUUUGAUGCACACUUUUCUUUGAUAAAUGAGGCAUGCUCAAUGUUUGCACAUACCAAUCCCUUGCAUUUGGAUGUAUUUCAAAGUGUUGCACACUUUGAGGCAGAAGUGGUUGCAAUGACCGCUGCACUUCUUGGAGGCAAAGAAAAGAGUUCAGGGGGACAAAUUUGUGGAAAUAUGACAUCGGGAGGGACUGAAAGUAUAUUAUUAGCUGUCAAAUCAUCACGCGACUAUAUGAAGUUUAAAAAAGGAAUUACAAUACCUGAAAUGAUAAUACCUGAGUCUGCACACUCAGCAUAUGACAAAGCUGCUCAAUAUUUUAACAUCAAACUCUGGCGCAUCCCUGUUAACAAAAGAUUUCAGGCAGAUCCAAAAGCAAUUCGACAUCAUAUUAACAAAAAUACCAUCUUGAUUGUUGGUUCUGCCCCUGGAUUUCCUCAUGGAAUAAUUGACCCCAUUGAAGAACUUGGUAACCUGGCAUCAAGCUUCGGAAUUUGCUUUCAUGUUGACCUCUGUCUUGGUGGCUUUGUAUUACCUUUUGCUCGCAAGCUUGGGUACUCCAUUCCACCUUUUGACUUUUCUGUUAAAGGAGUUUCUUCAAUAUCAGUGGACGUGCAUAAAUAUGGUUUAGCUCCUAAAGGAACGAGUAUAGUACUAUACAGGAACCACGACAUCAGAAAGCAUCAAUUUGUUGCUGUUACUGAGUGGUCUGGUGGGUUGUAUGUUUCUCCAACCAUGGCUGGAAGCAGGCCUGGAGGUCUUAUUGCUGGAGCUUGGGCAGCAAUGAUGUCCUUAGGAGAAGAAGGUUACCUGGAGAAUACAAAAGCAAUUAUGGAUGUUUCGAAAAGAAUACAGGAAGGUGUUUCCGGUGUGUGCAGCAUAGGUGAGAUUCCAGAAUUAUUCAUCGUUGGAAGACCGGAUAUGACAAUUGUGGCUUUUGGAUCUGACGUUCUAGACAUAUUUGAAGUCAAUGAUAUCAUGUCAUCCAGAGGGUGGCACUUGAAUGCAUUGCAGAGACCAAACAGCAUUCAUAUCUGUGUGACACUGCAGCAUUUGGCGGUUGUUGAAGACUUCCUCAGGGACUUGAAGGACUCUGUGAUGACCGUAAAAGAAAAUCCUGGUCCAGUAAGUGGAGGGUUAGCACCUAUAUAUGGUGCGGCAGGCAAGAUUCCUGAUAGAGGUAUGGUACAGGAAUUGCUGGUAGAUAUCAUGGACGGUACUUGUUAGUUGCAAAUGUGCCUAAAACUUUGAUUCGGUUCUGUUUCCAUUUCAUAGUUGCGCCAGAAUUUUCUGCCACCUGCAAAGAAUGUAGACCAUUACAAUACUAUCUGUUAAAUCUUCUAAAAUUAAUUUAAACAAGUUUUUUCAUACAUUGUACCAAGUUUAAUGAAUAGUAACAGAAUUUAUAGUUUGAUUUAAAUUGUUGUACAUAUGGAUGCCA